AUGGACUUCUCUGUCUUCGAUCUUGGCCAGUGGGACAAGGUCAGUCGGCUUAUGUCAAGAGGUGAGAUUGAGGAGGCCCAGAAAGCCAAAGAGAGCCUGGCCCGACGGGCCAUUCGCCUUGCGCGAGCAUAUAGGCCUCAGAAGCUGGCGGACGGACCCAAUGAAGAGAAGGCGCUGGCAGAAGAGCUGGCCGGAGAGGCCCUGCAGCUGCUCCCUCGCCGCAGACGCUUCAUGGAAAGCAGCGGCGGCGAAAGACCAGACAAUCGUCUGCUGUGGGGUCAGACAAACGUGAACAAACUGCAGUGGUGUGGCCCUCUUCUUUUGUGGUAUGUCAGCGUCGAGCACACCAGCGUGGCUGUGGAGCAGAACAUUGGGCGGACGCGGUCUCUGCUGGAGAAACAUUGUGGGCCGCUGCUCGACAAUGGUACGACCAUCGACCAGCUGCUGAGCAUCGUGCUCGAUGGCCCAACCGAGCUCGAUCAGGUCUGCAAGAGAGACGCCGAACAUAUGGGUUUGACAGACUGGACCAGAGAGUGGGCCUCGACUUGGUUGGAACGAUUUGGCCGCAGGUUCUGCGUCUACCGUGUCAGGUCUGACAAGGGCAUCAAAAGAGCACCCCAGCCGGGGUCCGACCGGUCCAUUGUUGAGAGACGCAACGCGUCCGUGAAGCUCUUGGUUGAGAGUCAACCGAGCGAUCCACGGGCGAGGGCUGGUCAGACAUCGGUUCUUGGAACCCGGUUGUCCAAGCUCCUGGUCCGACCACGCGAUGUCAACGACAAGCUCAAGGCUUUCAACAAGGAGACACAGAAGAAGAGGCAGCAGCUCAUGGUCGGACGUGGGUGUCUGCAGCAGCGGCGCACUGGUCAGAUUUUGGGUCCGACAACAAAACAUGUCGUGCCAUCGAAAGCAGGCCAGUACAAGGUCAUCGAUGGUACGACGACUGCGACCCAGUGGCCAGACAAGCAGCACGCCGCUGUGGUCAGAUGGAAGCCUGGUCAGACGAGAGACUUCAAGUCUCUCAAGGGCGCCAGCGUGGUGGUCGUCGAUGAUCUGACCAGAGACGUGCACAUGGCCCGAGCCCAUGAGGUCAGACCCAACAGCGCACUGCUUGUGCUGCAGCUUGGUAUGGUCGCCUAUGGUCUCUCAGUCGUGUCUCGACGUGAGUAUGCUGCUAUGAGGUUGUGCCGGCCAAGCGGGCACAUCUUGAAGCACAGGUCCGCCAUCAUCACCACCAGAGCGGAGCUUGUCAUGACACCUGGAUUUCGGUCUGACAACAAGGAGUUCGCGAAAGCCUUGACUACUCUGUCGAAGGACGAGAGCAGCAAGUGGACCGUCACCAAUGGCUCCACGAAGACGGGGCCUGACCAAGUGCUCCUGGGCAGCUGGUCGGAUGCUCUUGCGUUUCUGCGAACUGUGCGCAGUUUUGACCGCGAAAGGUUUAUGAAGAAUCCUUUCAUUGGUCAGGCAGCGCCUGAUGCAACGCCUGUCUUGCGAACAAGACUCAAGGCGAUCUUCGAUGCUCCUGCAAAGUAUGACCGCAGCAGCAUGGGUCUGAUGUCAAAGACAUCUAAGAAAAGAAAGACAAGGCUACAGUGUGCAGUAAAUGCAAAGUACGACAAAAAGACGAUGCUGGACCGUCGCCUCUGCCACAUGUGUGUGAUGUUGUUCAUGAUGACAGGCAGCUGCCGCUACACGCUUCUCUCACUCUCUUUCCAAUUUCUGUCUGCUCGAGACUUCGUCUUGGUGGUCUGUCUGUCUCCAGCCAUGUCCGGGUCCGACAAUGACAAGGAGAACACCAGUGCGAUGGUUCCUGUCAAGCAGGAGAGGCUCGACCCGGUAAAGGAGGAGGCAGGGUCGGACGAGGAGGACGUGGAACUGGUGCAAGUGAAGAUGAAGAAGCCGGUGUCGGAGAAGAGGCGUGCUCAAAUAAGACAAGCAGAGAAGAAUCGCCAGAACAAGGUCAGAUCCCGUCGUUCGGCCGGUCAGAUAGAGAAGUUGGAAGCAGAGAAAAAGGAGCUUGUGGCCCGACUGGAGCAGGCGGAUGCUGACAAAAAAAGGCUGAGUCUAGUCAGCACUGACUAUCAUCAUUAG